UUUCGUUUAUGCCUUGCAAUUGUUGACAUGCAUGAUCAUUAAUAUUUCUCUUUCAUAACAUUGUUAGUUAUGCGAUAAUAAUUAAAAAUGGGGAAAGGAUUUAAUAAUUAUAUGUGUAAAAAAUUUUUCCAUCCAGCAUCUCGAGACAAUUUAAAACGAGUAUGGAUGGCAGAACAACAAGCAGACGCAUAUAAGAAAAAACAAGAAGAACUGAGAGUACAAUACGAAAAAGAGCAAGAUCUUCACAAUAACAAGGCAUUACUGAGCAAAGAAAGUAAAGAUAAAUUAAGUGUAAAUUUUAUGUAUGAACCACCCCCUGGUGCGAAAAAAGAACGAGAAAAAGAAGACAACGAACCAGAAUAUAAGUUCGAAUGGCAAAGAAAGUACAAUGCACCCCGAGAAAGUUAUUGUAAAGGAGACAGCGAAAUUAGAGAUCAGCCUUUUGGAAUUCAAGUGAGAAAUGUUCGAUGUAUCAAGUGUCAUAAAUGGGGUCAUAUAAAUACAGAUAAAGAAUGUCCAUUGUAUAGUCAAGCAAUGAGUGUUGUAAUGUCAAAUAAUGAAGCAACUAAGGAUACUUCUGAUGCGAUGACCCUUGUUCAACAAAUGCGUGAUGAUGGUUUAGAAUUAAAAAAGUCAGCGUUAACUGCUCAACAACACAUUCAAAUCCCUCAGCAUGAAGAUGAGAUGGUUUCAGGUGACGAAGAGUUUUCAGAAGAAGCAUUUUUUAAUUCUUUAUCAAAGAAGGAAAAAAAGAAACUUUUAAAGAAGUUAGAAAAAAUGGAACGUAAAAAGGCCAAAAAAGAAGCCAAAAAGCGUAAAAAGAGAAAAGAGAAGAAAAAGAAAUCAAAAAAAUAUUCAAAUUCUUCCAGCAGCAGUGAUGAAAGUAGCAGUAGUAGUAGCAGUAGUAGUAGUCAAAGCAGUGAUAGUGAAUCUGAAAAGUCAUCAAGUUCAGAGAAAGAGAAGAAGCGACGAAAGAAAAAAAAGUCAAAACGAAGUAGAGAUUCCAGUUCGUCUUCAAGUUCUAAAUCAUAUGAAAGAGAACGGUAUAAAGAAAAACCAAAACAUAAAGAAGAAAGUAAAAAAUUUAAGAAAGAUGAUAAAAAAUCAUCAGCACGUAGAAAUAAAGAUGAUAGGUAUUAUGAUAAAGACAGUACUCGAGAAAAGACUGAAUUUUAUCGAGAUCAUGGCCAUUAUAAUCGAAAACGAAGAUCAGAUGAAUUAGACAGUGACAGAAGAAACAAGCAUGAUAUUAAACGACAUCGAAAUCAUUGAACGUUAUUUAUACAAACUUAUACAUAAUAUAUCUUUUUCAUCCUUUUUGAGGAAUUUUUCAAAAGAUAGUUAAUUGUUAUUAUUUUAAUAAUCAUGGGAAAUUUUUAUCAGUGCGAUGCUAGUAUUUAGUAUUCUAAAAAAUGACUUUACAAUAGAAUAUGUAUUUCGAGUAGUUAAUGAAGUUAUGUAAAUA